CCCCCAUCUCCUGUUUGCUCUCUGACUUUUACUUUUCGGCAUGUUUUCCCAGUGACCGACAGCGAAUAUCGGGCAGACGGUCUUGAUCCGCGCUCUCCGAUGGGCGCUCGCGAGAGGGCUCGUGGGACGGUGAGCUCCGGCCGCGCUGGUGUGUUGUGUUGGACACACGACGUGAUUCAGACUCAGUGGUGACGGGGAGGUGGUGGCGGUCACCCGCGCAUGGAUCCGUACUGCGCAGUGAUGACCGGUUGGUGAGGCACCAAACGCGCAGAUCGAGCCAGCUUGUCUAGGGCGAGCUGAGCGACUCUGCGAGACGAAAGCGACAGCGACUCGGAGACGAGACGAACUCCAGCUGGUAGGUCAGAAGAGAGACGGAUGGCUGUUUGGCUCGUUUCGAAGAAGCUGGUUCAAUUUGAUCUGGCUCGAGGUGAGGUGAUACCAGAAGAACUCGACGAAAGCUGGCGGUGAUGUAAACGAGAGCUGUGAAAUGCGGCGCGGAAUGCCGAGUCGGCCGUAACUUGUCAGUGGAGAAAUGAUGGGCGACUGAAGACGAGAUACAGAAGAGACAAGCAUCAGCGAGAAGUGAAAUCCGGCGACGUGUGAGUAAUUCACAAACGGAGUGGUCGCCGGUUUGUGAUGUAUGUCACUGAUGACCGACUCGAAGCAAAAAUCAGACUUUGAUGCGAGUGAAUGCUAGCUGAACGCAGCGACGAACGGUGACAGUCAAGCUUAUUAAAAAAGCAAAGAGACAGACUGGUUAAUGGCAGUGCCAACAUUACAUGCGGUGUUUCGUACACUGCGCUGCGCUAAGUGAUCAGUGACGCCGCCGUCAUGUCUGCUGUGACGGGCUCCCCGUCGCCGGCUCCGUGUCUGUCGGGGGCGGAGCCGGGCGGCGCCGGGCCGCUGCUGGGACCGGCCGGGCCGCUGCUGGGGCCGGCGCUGGCGGCCCGUCGCCGGCCGCCGCCGGCUCACCUGCCCAACACGGCGCGCGUGCUGUCUCUCGGACUGGACGAGUACCUGGCGCUGGUCUACAGUCAGCUGGCCGGGCCGGCCGGCGUCAGUCGCGCCGACGUGCGCCGUCUCUGCGCGCUGCUGGCCGGCGCGCUCGGGCGGCCGCCGCAACCGGCGGUAUUUCCGGCCGACGACGACACCGACGGCCCGACCGACGGAGCCGACGGCGGCCGCGUCGGCGGCGACGGCGACCAACCCGCGCUCGACCUGGAGCGCUUUCAGCAGGCAGUGUGCGCGCACUUCGGCGUGGCGGCGCGACCGGCGGCCAGUGCGCCGCUCGUGGAUGUGGAGGUGACCGUGGAGCGACGCGCUGCCGUCAUCGACCAGCUCGACAGGAGCAUCGCCGGCGCGCGCUCGCCGUCGGCGGCGACCAAGCGGCGUCGCGGUGUGCGCCUGCCGCGGGCUGGUCGCGCCGGCAGAGGCGGGGGCGCCGCGGACGGGUCCGACGAACCACCCGUGAGCCUGCUGCUGUUGGAGAGGGAGCUGACCGCGCUGCGGGAGCUGGUGGAGGACCUGAGACGCUCGCUGGUCGAGUCGGACGCCCGCAACAUCGGGCUGGAGGUGCGCGCCAGACGCACCCCGGAGAGGACGAUGGGCGGCGCCGCGGAGCCGUCCGACGCGCAGCCGGCCGAGGACAGCCGGGGCGGCGGCGAACACGGCAGCGGCGACGGCAGCGGCGACGGCAGCGGCGACGCGAGCCGAGAUGGCAGUGGUGAUGCCAGCAGAGAUGGCAGUGGUGAGAACAGUGACUCGGACCCCGCCUCGGACCCCAGCGUCGGCUCGGAAAGCUCCGAGCCGCCGGCUGCCAAGCCGCCGGCACUGCCGCCGCGCCCUAAAUCGUGCUGCGCCCUUCUGUCGACCUCGAGCACACCCGCGAGCCGUGCUGCCCCUCCCGUACCGCGGUCGAUUCUGGUGGUGCCCCGAUCCGCGCGCGACAAAGACAUCGAAGCCGAGACGAAUCGAUCAAUCAGUGAAUCCCAGCGUAACUUUGACGCGCUGAUUCGCGAGCUGCGAGCCAUCAGUGAGCCGCGAGCGCCUUACCACCCGGAGCUCUCUCUGGAGGACGAGCUGGAGCAGACGUACGAGGCGCUGCAGAUGACCCAGACUGACCUGGAGAGGUCGCGGGCCACCAUCCACGGCACGCGCACCCACCUGCGGGGCAAGGACCGUGAGGUGCGGCUGGCCAAACAGGACCUGAUCGCAGCGGAGGCAGCCGUCGCCAGGCUGCAGGAGCAGGUAAAGCAGCUGCAGAGUGACCUGCAGGCGUCGCAGCACCAGCACGAGAUGGAGCGGCUCGCCCACGAGCGCACCUCCCACCAGCUGGGCUACACGCGCGCCCAGCUGGCCGAGAGUCAGACGGCGCUGGAGCAGAGUCGCAGCGCGCUCCGCGACCUCCAGCAGCUCAGGCGUCGGGUGCUGGCGGAGCUGACCCAGACUCGCCACCUACUGGUGACCGCCCUGUGCCGGGUCAGACAACUGGAGGCUGCCUCUGAACAGGUGCCCGUCCUCGAGGCACGCGUCCACCAGCUGGAGAGCCUGCUGAAGAGAAGGUCCAGCAGCCAGGGUCGCCCGGCGUCUCAUGUGGACAGCGGCCUCUACUCUACCUCGGAGAGUGACCACGAGGACACGAGUCACGCGCAGCACAACCGGUCUACCGACACCACCUCAGAUGACUGCAGCAGGACGGCCGACUCAGGAGUCAUGAGCUCUGCAGGAGGAGUCGGAGUCGGAGUCGCAGCGGGAGCAGUCGCAGCGGCUGACGUGGUGGCAGCAGCGGCCGGAAACGCAGCGUGCUCAGCGACCACACCAGAGGAGACUGGGGGAGCGGUAGAGGGGGAGCGGGAGGAGAGAGCGGAGACGGAGCCGCGCACCGAGAGCCGGGCCUCGGCCGAUGACGAGCGAGUGAUGUCACCGGCUGAUGACGUCACCGAGGGCGCCGCCGCCUCGCCACCACGGUCCCGCAGCCGCCUGUCUUCGGAGUCUCGCCGUCGACUUCCCUCUGCCGGUUCGGAAGAGGAGCACGACGCACUCAUCCGACUCGAGGAGCAAGUCCACUGGCUCCGGCAGCAGUUCCUCGAGGCCGAGCGCGAGUGGGAGCAGGAGCGCCGUCAGCUGGUCGAGGAGGUCACUCAGCGUCAGGAGGACUGUCAGCUGAUGGCCGGCGACAUCCAGCACCUGGAGCAGGAGCAGCAGCCGCUCCUGCUCCUGCACGAGCGUGCAUCCAGCGUGGUGGACGUGCUGCAGAAUCUCAGACACGUGAACAUCUCCCCACGCGCGCUGGGACGUCUGGUGUACGACGCGCUGGAGCGGACACAGGAGUGCUCCUCCGGCGGCGGCAGCCAGCGCGCCUUCCGCUUUCUCACCUGUCUCCACCGAUCAGCCUCGGGCUACGAGCGUCUCAGCACCGAGAGUCUGAUCCAGCUGGCGCUGGAGGGACUCGGCAGGGCCGAGGAAGUCGCCGAUCACGUGUGACUCGCUCGCUGGCCUCGCGGGGACCAAAGCCUGCGCGACGAAGGUUGGACCGGCGACAGUCAGGGCUGGGCCGGCAGCAGUGAGGGUUGGGCCGGCGGAAAUGAGGGCUGGGCCGGUGGCAGCGAGGGCUGAGCCGGCAGCAGUGAGGGCUGAGCCGUCAGCAGUGAGGGCUCAGGCUGGGCCAGAGACGAAGGUAAAGGCGAGGUACGGGUCUGCAAACAGGGUUAGCAGGGAUCACUGAGACGGAGGGUCCUGACUCUGAGUGCAGGGCGGAGCGGUGUUAACGGAAGAGCGCAGGGAUCAGCCUAAUGUGCUGCUGUUGACACGUGUCUGUGCUGUGUAGGAGCUUGCAAAGUUGUGAUUUUCGUCAAUGUUGGUAGAUGCGCAAUAGAUAAUAUGUUGUCGUU